AUGGGCUUAACUAAAGAAGAAAAGAAAGCGAAAAAAGAAGCUAAACGGCUAGAGAAACUAAAGGCAGAAAUUGAAGAACGAAAGAAAUUCAAGCGCAAAGAGCUAGAACGCGAAUUAGCAGCACAAGCACGACAUCGUGGUGAACUCGAUAGAACAUGGCGAGAAAUGAUGCUUAAAAUACAUGAACCUGUAUUUAGACAAGACAUCGAAAUUCUGUGGCAUACGUUUGAAAGAGCAUAUGACAAAAAAGACUAUCUUAUUAAAUAUACAAUGCAGUUAAUGGACAUGGCGGAUGACCAAUUUCAGAGAACAGUAGCCAGUUUUUGCGAUACAAUAGACACAAUGAUUAAUAAAUUCCUUUCGGAAUUAGAAGAAUUGUCGAAACUGAAUGAUGUACGAACGUCUGAAGUUCUUAAAGCUGGUGAAGAUGAAGCGUUACGAAUUGUUUCAGAUCAUAAUGCAGCUGAAACACAUCUUCAACUUCUACUUUAUCAUGGACAUACUACUGCUGAUUCUUUGGCUUGGACUACACGAGGAGAAAAUCUAGUUAAAGAAGACGAAGAACGCAACAAAUAUGCGAAUGAACGUGAAAACUUGCGGUCUUUACUUGAAAAUAGUUAUAGUGUUAUGUGGGAUGAUUAUAAAACUGUAUUGAAAGCAUAUAUCGCUGGAACAGCUGAGAACCAAAAACAAGUGCGUAAAUUGCGAAGAAAGGAAAAUUUAAUGGCUGAUAUUAUAGCAUCGCAAGCAAAGAAAAUUGCUAACAGUGACGGUCUCCUUAAGCGCCUACGAUCAGAACUAGCGGCAUACGAGUCAGGUACGAAACAAGCUGAAUUUCGAGAUCGUCGUGAUCGUCAUCGAGCUGCAUGUUGGCGUUUAAAAAAAAGAUUAAUCAAUGGAUGCAAUAUUGAUUCCAAACAAAUGGCUAUUUUAGUAAGAGAAUCGGAUAAUGCUUUAGAAUGGCUUCAAUCUGCUUAUAAUAAGGGUGAAAAAAUACUGCGAAUGGCUGCUCUCUGUCGAAAGUUUGAAACACAGCGAGAAAAGGUCAUGCCAUUUGGUUGUAAUAAACCACACUCGCCAAUACAAAGUAAAACAGGGUUGCGGCGUCAACACUCUGAUGACUCUUUAGUCGUAAAUGCUAUUUCAUCUACAAGUGGAUUAACCAGGUUGUGGCAAAAAAUAAGUAAUGCAGAACUAUCAAGAAGGGCACUAGCUCGUGAAAAAGUUUUGUUGGAGCAGGAAAAUGCGAUGAUUGUAAAAAAAAUACAAGAAUAUAAGGAAAAUAAAAUGUUUCCUGAAUCUCGAAAAUGUGUUUGCAGUACUAAUAAAAGUGAAUCUUUUAAUCACCCCGUGGCAAUCGAUGGAGCGCUAGAAGUUAAAAAAUAUCAA